UUUGAAUAUUUUUCUUUCUUUUCACUUUAUACAUCCUGCAUACUUUUCGAACACUUAACUGUGACACAUUUAUAUUUAGCGAACUCUCAUUCGUAUAAUGAACGAAGUAACGAAUCAGGAUGAGAUACAUAUGACAACGCAUGAACUUAUUGCACAUCACGGCUAUAUACCUGAAACUCAUAACAUUUGGACAGAGGACGAUUAUUGUCUUACUAUACAUAGAAUUAAAGCACCUGAUACGUCUAAUGUAUAUUCGACAAAUACUUAUGCCACAGCGAACACAGAACAAGCUGUUAUUAACAGCUUAGAAAAAUCGACUGAAUCGAAUCUGAAAUCAAUCUGUUCUAAAUAUAGCCUAUUAUCAAAACCACCCGUUAUAAUAAAUCAUGGAGCCCUUUCAAGUUCUGCAGAUUGGGUUUUACUCGGCCCACAAAAAGCUCUUGGAUAUAUUUUGUGUCAAGCUGGAUACGAUGUGUGGCUUGCAAAUGCACGUGGUAAUAAAUAUUCUAGAAAGCAUAAAAUCUAUACACCAAAGGAUAAGAAGUUCUGGGAUUUUAGUUGGCACGAGAUAGGAUAUUACGAUAUACCGGCGAUAAUAGAUUAUGUUUUGGAAAAAACUGGCUAUUCAGAAGUGUCUUAUAUUGGAUAUAGUCAAGGAACAACUACAUUUUUUGUAAUGGGAAGCGAACGACCAGAAUAUAAUGCCAAAGUUAAAGUAAUGGUCAGUUUAGCACCAAUAGCUUUUAUAUCUAAUCAACGAAGUCCUUUAUUGAAAUGUGUUGUGCAUUUCUAUAAUUUAGUAGAGUGGGGUUCUUCUUAUUGCAACAUACAUCAGUGGUUCCCUCAUAACAAAUUACAGGCACGUGCUUUUGGUACAAUUCUUCGCAAUGCUCCUAGUGCGUUGACAAAUGGUGUUUGUAAUUGUUGGUUUAAUUUAAUUGCUGGAUUUGGUAGUAAUCAGCUUGAUAAAUGCAUGUUACCCCUUAUCUUUGGACACUUUCCAGCUGGUGCAUCAGCCAAACAAGUAGUUCAUUACAGUCAAUCCAUUUUAUCAGGAUCAUUUAGAAACUUUGAUUAUGGGCUUACCGAAAAUUUAAAAAUAUAUGGUUCUACUCAACCACCAAAAUAUAAUUUAGAAAAAGUAAAGGUUCCAGUGGCUAUUUUUUAUGCAGAAAAUGAUUUUUUGACACAUUCUUUGGAUAUACAAAAAACUAUAGAUAAGUUACCUAAUGUGAUAGAGACAAACAAAAUAGAAUAUUUAAAGUUUAAUCAUAUUGACUUUCUAUGGGGAAGAGAUGCUAAAACACUUGUAUAUAAUAAUGUUGUAGCAGUAUUAAAACGAUUCUAAUGAUA